AUGUCGACCCCAGUCAAAUCCAAAGAUGGCAAGCCCGUGCCUACUACGGUUCUAAAUGCUAUAAAGAUUUGUGAUUUCAUCAAUAGGCUAGGGAUGUCGCCAAAGCAAUUCAUGGUCACUUUCCUGUGUUCUACCGAAGAGGAGAUAGUGGUUCGCCAACGUCUAAGCAAAAUUGGGUUGGGAGGGCGUGAAACUCGUUCAAUUGUCAAUAAUCUAGGCAGAUUGACAAAGGCAUCCAAUGCCGGCCGAAUUAUAUGGGACAAACUGAUUUUGGAGGAGGCAUCGGAUAUAGUGAUCGAGCAAGAGGUCACUCGAAGUGCGUUUCCGGCGGGAGGGUAUGUCAGCUCCAGCGCGGUCACCCCCGAUUUUUUCAGUGAUGCUUCAGACAAACGUCGAACGGAAUUAGUCAAGAGUGGAAUGCCCUUUCUACACAACCUGAUUCACCGCAAAAUUGCCCAUGCAAUGGGCAAGAAGCAUGUUCAUACGCCGAUCUCCCAGGGCACAGACAACCCAGAUCCCGGUGAGGCUCCAGAGGAAGGCGCCGACGAGGAUGACGUACCAAUGUCGAUGGAGAAUUUGGUGUACGUUAAAUCCACUCCGAAAAUCCAACCGGCACUUUUGGCCGAAUGUAACCCGGACGAACUUGGUUUACCUGCGUUUCUCGAUGCGAUGGCCGCCGCAGACCGAAGACCUGUGAACAUGAGUCUGUUCACACCUGGCGUCGCGGAAAGUCAGCACUGGCGGUCAGUGAUCAAAGCGCAGAUGGCUAGUGCACUCAUGGAUUAUAUAGAGCACAUACCUGGGGCCCCCAAGGCCGAAAAGUUACCUAAACUUUUGACAAAACCCCCGUCGAUUGAUCCCAUCCCAAUGCACAAGCCCAACAUUCACUUCUUACGAAUGAUGGACGCUCCAGAUUCGUCAGCGGAGGGUGUAUCACGUGUGAUUGAUCAGAUUUUAGGCCAGAUCGGAAUGGACCGUGAAGAUUAUGCGAAACACCUUUUGGUUGCGGGUGGCGACGUUGGAUCGAAUCAACUGGUCGAAAGCCUGAGAGUCAAAAGGUUCCCUCCUAUUGAUUCAGUGGAAGGCUAUGAGUGGGUCCUCUCAGUCUUUGGUGGGGCCCACACGACUUGGAAUAUGGCGAAGAGCCUAUGGAAACAUCAUUGGGGUGACUCAUCCAAGGCGGAGGAUACCGGAGUGUGGCGGUCAGCGUUUGCUUUAGGAUUGGAAUACAAGCAAGCGGCCGACUCACAAGAUUUCAACACCAUCAUGAGAUCAUGCCAAAUUGUACAUCAGGCCAAUCUGGUUUUUGUGUUGAGGUCAGUCUCGAUUCAAAAACCAGUUUGA